GUCAGGGUGAGGCUCAGUCAUCAUGUAUUCCUGUUCAGUCAACAGCGGCCACGCGGACAUCCCUGCGUUACAGGUCACAAGAGACAAACAAGUGAGAUAACCCCGUUAUCAGCAAAAUUUAAAGUGUGGACAAGGAAGUAAAAUAUACCGUUAACUUUACAACUGAGCUGCCGCCUGAGGACAAUGUGUAAAAUAAACAAGGAAAGCUGUAGCUCGAAUGCCAGACUGAUGAUGAUAGGCAUUCCUACCCUCCUGAUCUGCUUUGGCAUAAUGGUUAUUAUUGAGGGAGCGAAGAUGAUAGCUGACAGUGGUUCUGAGCUGGUUUUACUGCAGCACUACAAGGUUCCUUCUCAGUUAUCGACACUGGUCAACAUGAUGUACCUGCUCGUCGCGGUGGGUCCUGUCAUGCUGGUCAUGGGCUUUCUGGGCGCCUUUGUGUGUCUCAAAGACAGCAAACUCAUUCUACUGCUGUACUGCCUUAGUUUGCUGAUUAGCUUCAUUGUCGAGGUUUCAGGAGCCACAGCGGUGCUUGUCUACAAGAACUCAGCUGACCAGUAUCUUAAUAGUAUGCAUGGUGAGGUCAAGAAGAGUAUUCAAGAGGAGUAUGGAGACAACGAAGAAGUGACAUCAAUGUGGAACAGCACCAUGGACGAGAUGAAAUGCUGCGGAUUCAAGAACUACAGAGACUUUGACGGGUCCCCUUUUGACAUUGCCCACGGAGGCGAUGUUUAUCCGUCUAGGUGCUGCAGUUUAUUCUACGUCGGCGUGUGCACCGAGCGCAAAGCAAACAAUUCGGACGUGGACGGCUGCUCUGACAGGCUGCAGAGGGUGGUACAUUCAAACACGGACUUCACUGCUGGUGUGAUCCUGUCAAUUGCUAUUUUUGAGAUUUUUGCCAUGGUGGUUUUGAUUAUUUUACGCUGCAAGAAUGAUGACGACGGUGACGAAUUUGAGAGCGAGGAAUAACAAUACUGUAAAUGAUGGAAAAAGUUUUACUGAGCCAUAUAAUUUCUUCAAGAAAAGCAGAGAUGGAAUCUACUGUUCUUUGCUUCAAAAUGGUCUGUGUAUAUUUAUAUUGUUGCGUCUUUGUUGUUGAGUGCUGAUAUAUUUAAUCAGUAAUUAAAUGUAAGUUGUAAAUAAAUUGAAAUGCAGUGAAGAAGAA